CUUAAAGCCGCGUCGAAGCAUGCCUAUGGGCAUGACUAAAGGCAUUACUACGUUCUUUUUUUUGUUGGAAUAGAAACUCGUAAUUGUAAACAAUAUUAAACGGAAGGGUUAUGAUUGAAUCCAAUAUAUUCACAAUAAAGUAAUUGAGGAAGUAGAAUUAUCAACAACAGGAAGUUGAGAAAAGUGACGCCUUUUCCACAAACCUAUGCCACAAGUGCGCCUUUGAGUUGAAUCAGUGUAACAAAUUUGUGCAAAAGUAUAAACAGGCUCGUCAUACCUUAGCAUGGUCCAAACCUACCCAACAAAAGAAUCGUUGCAGUCUCUGUGCACAGACAAGCAAGACUGCACAGUUAUUUCAACUUGCGAAUGAUGAACAGUCUGUUGAUAAAUCUGCAAAGAAGAUCUAUGAAUGCUUCGAGCAAGAUCCUCCAAAGAUACAUGUAUGCAAUCUGUUGAUAUGUCUGCAAUGUCGGUACAAUUUGGAUAUACUCUCCGACUUGAAGGCUUUAUCUCUAAAAUCAGUUGAGAAACUGAAGCGAAUAUCUGCAAAUAAACUGAGUCUCUCGGCUUUAUCGAAGACAUCAACAUUUGUGGUAAGUCGGAAAACUACGUCUAUUAUCCGUGACAAAAUUGACGUAAUUGAGAUAUCAGAUACCGAAGCUGAUUCGAGCAGCAUGAAACCUAAAACACGUCGUACGCAGUCUAAACGGGCGACGAAUGGUAAUAUUAUUAAAACGAGAGCAAAGAAACCAAAUCGAAUGUGUGGACAGUGUCAUAAUACAAUCAAAAGUGGCGUUGACAUGUACAGAUUUCACAGCACAGGUGUGACUGUAUGUAAAUUUUGCUGGAGCACGAUGGAUCCUUCCAAGACAUCACCAAAUAAAAAAAGAGCACAGGGUUCCCUGGAAAAGAAGAAGACAAAAUUAUGCUCAGUGUUCUUAACAGAUGUAAUGGGUGAUGCAUCCUUGAGAGAUAACAGGGGUUACAAAAUAGAAAAAGACGAAGAGGGUAAUACUACAUUUAUUUUAAUGGACGAUAGCUCAGAAGAAGACAAUUCAACUGUAAAAAUAAAGAAAGAAGUAAAAGAAUCUGUGCCCAGGCAGCUUAAAAUGCGAGGCAGAAAAAGCAGAAGUGACAUAGAUGAUUCAUCAGUCAAAUCUAAACCUAUUAAGAAAUUAAAGUCCGAUGGUGAAUCAAGUAAACAAACCUUUAAUCCAAGAGUGAGAAGGUCUCUAAGACAGAAAACAAUAAAAAUUGAAGAAGUAGAUGAUAUUGAUUCCGACACGAUUGUAUCGAAAAAAAGAAAUGCUCGUAAAGUACAGACACAACCCGAAAAGAAAAAGAAACCCACUAAAAGAACCUCGUUUUCGGAUGAUGACUUACAAAUAAUAGGCUCAAGAGUUACUCGAACAUCUUUACGGGCACGAAAAUCUGACGUUAGUCAAUCAGAGUUAUCGGCAUCGAUAAGUGGAUCUUCUUCCGGUGAAUGCGGUUCUCCGCGCCGUAAAAGGAAAAAAGCAGUUGAUGUAAUACCCAUGACGGAAUUGUUUGAGAAAAAUGUAGCUGACGUAGUGAAGCUAAACACUCGUUCCAGUUCAAUAUCAAGCAAGGAAUCAUCGCCAUCAGAUUUCAAGAGUCUUGAAAAGUCGUUAAAAUUGUCCACCAGCUCAAAGAAGAGUUCACAGAAGAAGAAUAAAUUCAUGAAGAAGACCAUUGAAAAAUUGAAGAAGGACAAGGAAGAGUAUGUCUGCACUAUUUGCAACGUUGGCUACAAAAACAAACUCAUUGGAAUGACUCAUGAACUGUCACAUUUGAAACAGCCAGAAGUUACAUUAUGCAGAAUACGACCGACAAGUAACUCUGACAAGAUGAAGGUAACUGCAACCACAGAAUCAACCAAAAGCAAUGUGAACAAUGAUGUUAGUUUGGAGGAACAAUCUCACGACAUCAGUAGUACAUCGGAUGCUCUUCGUGAAAAAGUUAAUCGAGAAACUGCUCAAAGUGGGUCUGAUGUCAUUUCAUUAAAACAGAAGGAAGAUUCAAGCAAGUAUAAAAGAGUAGAUGGUGAAGGUGUGGCUGAAUCUAAAGAUCAGGUUUCAACAGAGGAAAAAUCAGCAGAAGUCGAACUUCCCAAAGAGAAAGAAGUAACUUCCGAACAAGAAAAGGAACUUGAAAAGUCCAAAGACGAGACGACGCAAAAAAAUGGGAAGAAGAGAAAGUUAUGUUCUGUGGUAGAUAGUAUAAAUAAUGCAGAUGAAAAAGUAGAAGAAAAUAAUAAAGAAGCUCUAAAGUCCAUUGAAGAAGAGUGCAAAACAGGAAAGGCAGAGUCUGUAGAUGUUGAACAAGAAAAAGAGAUAUCGGAGGAUGCUUUAAAGUUAUCUGUUGAGGCAAAAGAAUCGAGCCUAGAUCCUGAACCAAUCAGUCAAGCAGAAGUUAUUGCAGAUGUGAACGAGAGUAGGCAUGAAGUGAAGAAAAACUUAUCAGAAUCGUUGAAAACGACAACAAAGGUGACUCCAACUGAAAAUGUUAAAUCAACUACGUCAAAUGACAUUAGUGUAGUAGAAGAUGUUGUGGAAGCAGAUAUUCAGACGGAAGUAUGUCCAACGAUAAAAGAACUGUCUUCCAAAGAUGCUCCGAAAGAGGCAGUAGAAGCUGAUGAAAAGGAAAAUGUUGAGAAAGGCAUCGAAGAGAAAGAAAAAGUCUCAGAAACAGCACCAACACUUAGUAAUUUGAAUGAUUCAAUUACAAAGGUUCCUGAAUCAAAGGAGUUAACAGACGAUAAGCCUGAAAAAAAUACAGAAGAAGAUAAACACGUAGAAGAAGAAGAUGAUGAUGAAGAAAUCAUAACAAGUAUUUACGUAGCAGAUGAUGAAUCCCCACAGUUAGAAGAAGAUGAAAAAGAAGAUCAACAGAAAGAAGAAAAUAACAAAGAAGCUAGUGAAGACAUUCACGAAGCGAAAUCUAAAGAAAAUGGAAAUAUUGUAUUAUUAGAUACCAGUGUAAAGGAAGAUAGCAAUACGAACGAGGACACCAAUAAAGAGUCGGUAAAAUUAGAAGAAGUGUUAACAAAAAUGUUUGAAGAAGAAACGCCAGUAACGAGAAAUCAAGAUAAUACGCAGACUUCGAAACUAAUUGACCAACGUGAAGAGGGCGUACCAGAAACUUUGGAAAAUAUAUCAAAAGAGAUUUGUAAAGAGUCCCAUGAAAAUGAAAAGGACGGAUCAAAAAACUCAUCAAUACGUUCCUCAGACCUUGAUUUUCUAAAGGGAGAGUGUUUGGAGAAGAAGAAGAAGAUUCAAGAAGAAUAUAUUGCCUAGAACACAUCAAAUCCAUCGAAAUGAAACUCUCAUGGAAAUAUGAACGAAAAGUAAAUCAGUGCUCUAAAAGUGGCUCGUUUAACUAAUUAUAUUCUUGAUGUGAUUGGUAUAUUGAGACUGUUGUACAUGCGACAUUACGAAAAAGAAAAGCGCGUUUCUUUGUGCAACAUCUUUUUUUGUUCUUUUUUUCUCUGAAGUUUUUCCAAUUCAUUUUAAAACUCUUAUAAUUUCUUAAUAUUAACCUGAAACCGUGUUCUUCUUUGUAUGCAUACAAUACUAGUUUUUAUCAAAACAGGAAAUAUCGAUGAUAAAAAAAAUACAGUGUGCGAUUUUCUGGUUUUAUUGUAAAUACAUACAUUUCAAUUAUUCAAAUAUACCCUACAAAUUUUGGUAACAUAUAUGAAAAUUUGAAUGUACUAACGAAAUAGAAAUGAUUAGAAAUA